AUGGAUCCCUUCCGGGCAAAGCUCGUCGCAGCGGCGACAGGCUCUACACUGACCGCCCUUACCAUGACUCCUUUCGACGUGGUUAAAACGCGACUGCAGACGCAACCCGUCCGUCCACCACCUCUAUUUCCUGUACCGCCUUCAAACAUAUGUUGCCAGCCGGGCAGCGUCACCUGCGUACGGAACAUGUCGUCUCUGGCUCGGCCAUUGAGUCAAGCCGGCGAAGAGCUCGUAUGUAUAUGGGAUCAUGGAGUCUUCAAAACAGAACGUGUCAAUGGGUUCUUCGAUGCUGUACAGCAUGUUUGGAGGGCGGAAGGUAUGAGAGGAUUGUGGAAAGGCGCGGGCACGACGCUAGUAAUAGGCGUGCCUUCGUCAACAUGUUACAUGCUGACUUACGACCAUCUCCUUCGCAAUGUCAUCCCUCAGCUAAUGCCGUAUCCCCUGCUCGUCCCCCUCACUGCGGGCAUUGUCGCACGCUCCACUAUCUCCUCAAUAACCUCGCCGCUGGAACUCAUCCGGACCAACCUUCAAUCCACACCACUAUCACCCGGAACCCCACAUACACUGCGCUCCGUUCUAACAUCUACACGCUCCCUCGUUAAAAGUCAAGGCGUGCUUUCGCUUUGGAGAGGGCUUGGCCCGACGCUUUGGCGAGACGUUCCGUUCUCAGGGAUCUACUGGGCGAGCUACGAAUCUUGGAAGGGUGUCUUUGCUCGGCGGCAGAAGGAGGGCGCACUGAUAGCGUUCAUUUGCGGAGCUGUGAGCGGCACAACAGCGGCACUGAUAACUUCACCCUUCGAUGUCUUGAAGACUCGACGGCAGGCCUUCGUCAUGUCCGGAGCAUCUUCGUCAAUAACGGGGACUAUUCCGCUGACAACGGAGAUUUUACGCACCGAAGGCGUCUCAGCCCUGUUCGCUGGUUUACUUCCUCGAAUAGUGAAGAUUGCACCUGCAUGCGGCAUAAUGAUAGCGUCCUUCGAGGGCGUUGGAAAAUUCUUGGCUAACUAA